AUGGCGACUACGACGAGCCCUCAUUCUGGCGAGAAUGAGGAGGAUCCCGCAUCCAUGAACGACUUCAAGUAUUCCCAUGAUGACGAUCAGCACGACCUUCCUACCCAUGAUGCCUCCACAGAUUCCAAAUCACUGCCAACACAAAAGAGACGACGGGUCGGCCGCGCAUGCGACGAAUGUCGCAGAAAAAAGAUCAAGUGCGACGGCAAACAGCCAUGCACUCAUUGCACAGUCUAUAGUUAUGAUUGCUCUUACGACCAACCCUCUAACCGCCGUCGAAAUCCCGCCCCGCAAUAUGUCGAGGCCCUUGAAAAUCGCCUCCAAAAAGCUGAAGCGAUCCUUCGAAGCGUUCUUCCAAAUAUCGACCUCGAUGAUCCGCAACUAGACGUGCAUGCGACAGAACAGAAAUUCGCAGCAAAAUUCGCCGCCGCUCAAAAAGCAAAACAAGCGACCGAGGAUGUCAAAUCGUCGGGUGUACAAGACACGGCGCAAGAAGUAGGAGACGAAGGACUACUUGAAACCAUGGUCGAUAAUUCGGGCUGCUUGGAUCGGGAUGACCAGGGCCAUUGGGAUUAUCACGGACACACGUCGGGCGUUCUCUUUGUUCGCCGGCUGCGCAAACAGUUGGGUGCCUCAGAGAUUGCGGGCCCCAUGGCGCGAUCGCGCUCCUCGAUAAGCGCCUAUAUGACGGAUAGUCCGAAGUCUAUGUCCGAGUCGCCUCAAGAUACAACAUUACCUCCUACACAUGACUUGCCUCCACGGGUGGUUGCUCGCCGCUUGUGUCACAACGCGAUCGACCAUGCCUGUUCCUUGAUGCGAUUUGUGCAUGAGCCCUCGUUCUUUGCGAGUCUGGAGCGCAUCUACGACACUCCCCCGGAGCAAUUCACGAACGAAGAGAACUCUUUCUUGCCACUCUUAUACAUCGUUAUUGCCGUCGGCUGCUUGUUCUCCGACGAUGGAGCAGGAGAAGGUACCCUAGAUGUGUCUGGGUACGAAGGCGCAAUAGGUCAAGGGUUCCAAUUUUUUAAGGCUGGUCGGCAACUGCUGGAGAUCACCGACUGCCGUGACUUGCCUUCUCUCCAAGCGAUCUGUUUCAUGGUUCUCUUCCUCCAAUCCUCUGCGAAGUUGAGCACAUGCUACUCAUAUGUGGGAAUUGCACUUCGUUCAGCACUGCGAUUAGGUCUCCAUCGUUCUGUUACGGCAGACUUCAACCCCAUUGAACGAGAACUUCGAAAGCGCAUCUUCUGGGUCGUCCGCAAAAUGGACGUCUACGUGAGCACGCUCCUGGGUCUUCCCCAGAUGCUGAGUAAUGAUGAUAUCGACCAAGAGUACCCAAUGUCAGUGGAUGGAGAAUUUAUCACUUCGGAAGGAAUUAUUCAAGCCCCGUCUGACUAUACACCAUUGAUGGCUGGAUGCAAUGCACACACUCGUCUUUCCAACAUUAUUCUGAAGGUGGUGAAAUAUAUCUAUCCAGUUAAAAAUGCUCGCUAUCGCUCCAAGUCAGACCAGCGAUACAUGGUCAGCCACUCAAAAAUUCGGGAAAUCGAGCGAGAUCUGCAAAAUUGGAUGGAGGAAUUGCCUCCUGCUCUGCGACCAGGCACAGAAGUGUCGCCACAGCUAGAACGUAUCCGGCAAUUGCUGCGUAUAAGCUAUGCCCACGUGCAGAUGGUCAUGUACCGCCCGUUCCUCCACUACGUUUCUGGUGGUUCUCAAGCGCGUGGCGUAGACAAGCGGUCAUAUGCCUGUGCGGCAGCUUGCAUCAGCGUUUCCCGAAACAUUGUCCACAUCACGACCGGAAUGCAAAAGAGAGGACUACUGAAUGGAUCCUUCUGGUUCACCAUGUAUACGACCUAUUUCGCCAUCCUCUCUUUGAUCUUCUUCGUGCUUGAGAAUCCGGAUUCACCUACAGCCAAAGAUGGCGUCCUGAAAGAUGCCAUGGAGGGCAAAAAUACUCUAGCCGGUUUGGCCAAGAAGAGUCUUGCUGCCGACCGGUGCUCUCAGAGCUUGAUCUGCCUUUUCAAGACAUUGCCCGAUAUGUUGAAAAAUCGUCAGAGCUCCAAGACUCCUGUCAACCUCAAGCGUCCCGCGCCAUCUAACGCUGCCGAACCUGAGUUGAAGCCUGAGGUGAAGCCUGAGGUGAAGCCUUGCUUUGAGAAAACGCUGCCACAUCGGUCAAGCACUUUCCCAGUGCAGAUGAUGUCCCCGUCGGUUGUUACCGAUGACCAGAACCGCCGACAACGAAGUCUGGACAAUAUCCAGCCUAUCAGCAAUCGCCCUACUGAUAUUAACCACCAGUCCACAUGGGUUUCGACCACGCCUGAGCUGCUUACAGAAACCAUGAGCACUCCGGAACACGUUUCCCCAUCUGGAAUGACGCCCUCCAUGCCCAAUCAAGAGCCAUCAAGUCUAGCAUGGGCUCAACAAUUCACCAACCCAUCCAAUCUCCCAGAUCUCAUGCCAAUGAUGUUCCCAUCAGACGACCCAUUCGCAUACCCAACACAGCCCAUGUCUACCUUGGAGGACGAUCACUUCCGACACGACCCUGCAGCGAUGCCAUCGCAGUAUCCUUUCGAUUCAGUACCAGGCAUGGGGCCCAGCACAUCAAGCGACCCCUCCAGCGCAGGGCUCUCCACUCCAAACUUUGACUUCACAAACCUCUCGAAUUUCCCCCUCGCAAAUCCCCCGAUCAAGUCAUCAGUGCCAAGCCACCUCCGCCCCUCCCACUCCCGAACUUCAUCUCGCAUCCACUCUCCAAUCUCACAAAGCCAGACCCCGUCAGAGUCGAUCAGCAGUCCAGACCUGGUCUCAAUCCCGAACCAGAACUUCGUCUGGCAGGGCUACAAUUUCCAGCCCCACGACCCAAACAACAUGACAACCGAGUCCGCUCCGCAACAACCAGAGAUGUCCGGCCCGAAUGGAUUGCCUAAUUUCAGCAUGGGCAUGGAUCAGAAUAUGGGCAUGGAUAUGGAUUUGGGAAUUCCCUUUGAUGAUCUGUUUGGCAGUAAUGCUGCCUAUCGACCUGUCAAUGGGGCGGAGGAUUGGGCUCAGUGGAUGAAUCCUAAUAGCACUUGA